GAGGCCUUUGGGGAUGUGACAGACAGGAGGAAGCUCAGGACCCAGUUAGGAUGUAACGACUUCAAGUGGUACCUGGAGAACAUCUAUCCUGAUAUCCACGUUCCUGAGGACAGGCCUGGGACAUUUGGAAUGCUGAAGAACAGAGGCAUGUCCAGCUACUGCUUUGACUACAAUCCUCCUGACGACCAUAACCUGGUGGGCCACCGAAUCAUCCUCUACCCCUGUCAUGGCAUGGGACAAAACCAGUUCUUUGAGUACUCCAGUAAGAGAAGUGAGAUCCGCUAUAACACCAGGGACCCAGCAGGGUGCGCUGUGGGGGACGCCGUCUCCACCUACCUGACUGUGCACCUGUGCAAGAAUCCCCGGCAGCCUGUGCCACAGGACCAGAAGUUUGUCCUCAGAGAGGAUGGCACCCUUUACCACAUGAUGACCGAGAAGUGUGUCCAGGCCGUGGACAAGACGGACAAUGGCAGCCGUGCCCCCGCCCUGCGGCCCUGCUCGAACCACGCCAACCAGAAGUGGUUCUUUGAGGAGAGGGGGGCAUAAUGGAGCGAGCCAGACAAACUCUAACACUGGGGAGGAGGGCCAACCAAACCCAUAUCCUGUAGUUGAGGGAGAGGGCUGGAGGCCCCAAGACCCAUACUCAGGUCCAGUGUCCCUAUGCUGUGGAGAUAGCCUGGGUCGCAUUCACUAGGAACUAAACAGAAAAACACUUGCCGAAACGGGGAGGUACUAAUUGAAUUAGUGCAAUUGGAAUCACUUGUUUUUGUUUUCUAUUGCACACUGUUUUGAAUCGUUGUGCCCUAAUGAAUAUUACCCAAGUCAGGCGAAGGAGGAACCGCUAUCUUACCUCCUGUAUCUAUGCACAACGUGUACUUGCUCGACAACGUUUGAUAUUUGAUAUUAACACAUACCACAUAUCUGCUUCUCCAAUCUUUUUAUUAAAUCUUUUUAACAUUGUUUGGGUUUUCAAACACAAUUUUACAUCCAGUGUAUAGUGUGGGAUUUAAUGACAA